AAUGGGCUAUAAAUAGCCGCCAAUGGGCUGCUGGCAACGCGUCCCUUAAGAGCUCCGGAGCAGCGAGCGGCCGCCGUUCGUCUGUGCUGCGCCUGGAGCUGGUUAGGCACUUUGCAUCCCCGCUCUGUUCGGCAUCCUGCCCGUCGCCGCCGCCAUGCCCUUCUCCAACAGCCAUAAUACGCAGAAGCUGCGCUUCCCGGCCGAGGAUGAGUUCCCUGAUCUGAGCAGCCAUAACAACCAUAUGGCCAAGGUGCUGACCCCGGAGCUGUACGCCGAGCUCCGUGCCAAGUGCACGUCAAGCGGCUUCACCUUGGACGACGCCAUUCAGACUGGCGUAGACAAUCCGGGCCACCCGUACAUCAUGACGGUGGGUGCAGUGGCGGGCGACGAGGAGACUUACGUCGUAUUCAAGGACCUCUUCGACCCCAUCAUUGAGGACCGGCAUGGCGGCUACCAGCCCAGCGAUGAGCACAAGACUGACCUCAACCCCGACAAUCUGCAGGGCGGCGAUGACCUGGACCCCAACUACGUGCUGAGCUCGCGGGUGCGCACGGGCCGCAGCAUCCGCGGCUUUUGUCUUCCCCCGCACUGCAGCCGCGGGGAGCGCCGCGCCAUCGAGAAGCUGGCAGUAGAAGCCCUAUCCAGCCUGGACGGAGACCUAUCAGGCAAGUACUACGCGCUCAAGAGCAUGACCGAAGCGGAGCAACAGCAGCUCAUCGACGACCACUUCCUCUUCGAUAAACCUGUGUCGCCUCUGCUGCUGGCCUCCGGCAUGGCCCGCGACUGGCCGGAUGCUCGCGGUAUAUGGCACAAUGACAAUAAGACUUUCCUGGUGUGGAUCAACGAGGAGGACCACCUGCGGGUCAUCUCCAUGCAGAAAGGGGGCAACAUGAAGGAAGUGUUCACCAGAUUCUGCACUGGCCUCACCCAGAUUGAAACCCUCUUCAAGUCCAAGAACUAUGAGUUCAUGUGGAACCCUCACUUGGGCUACAUCCUCACGUGCCCAUCGAACCUGGGCACUGGCCUGCGGGCAGGUGUGCACAUCAAGCUGCCCCACCUGGGCAAGCAUGAGAAGUUCUCGGAGGUGCUCAAGCGGCUGCGGCUUCAGAAGCGAGGCACAGGCGGUGUGGAUACCGCUGCUGUUGGUGGAGUUUUCGAUGUCUCCAACUCGGACCGCCUAGGCUUCUCCGAGGUGGAGCUGGUGCAGAUGGUGGUGGAUGGAGUGAAGUUACUCAUUGAGAUGGAGCAGCGGCUUGAGCAGGGUCAGCCUAUCGAUGACCUUAUGCCUGCCCAGAAGUGAAGCCUGGCCCUCACCGUCACCAGCCUGCUGCUUCCUAACCUAAUACCCGGGCAGUGCCCGCCAUGCAUCCCUGAUGUUUGCCGCAGCGGCUGAGCCCUUUAGCCUCGCUGUAGAGACUUCUGUCGUCCUGCGUAGAGUUUAUUUUUUUGAUGGCUAAGCUGUUGCUGACACUGAAAUAAACUAGGGUUUGGCCUGCC